CAUAAGUGUGAAGCCAGCUUUAGUAUGAUAGUUUGACACGACGAGUGACAGAAUCUCAGGUCUACCAACCCCCCGAACUUAACUAUUUGAGGUCCCACUUGCGUCAUAUUCUCAAAAUGUCCUCAAUAGACCGCAUCAAACAAAACGCCGAGUCUGCAAAACAAACAAUCCAAGAACUAAAAAAUGAGUUGAGUUUCCUAAACACCGAAUACAACACCCUCUUAGCUAAACAACUACGUGAAGAAAAUGCGAAACUCUUUGCGGCGGUAGAAGAAGCCAAAACUCGUUUGGUCCAGCUGGAAGUAAAAAACGGAAUAAAGCAAAUUCCUGUCCCGAACCAAACCACCAAGGUGAGUGAGGACCCCCAACCCGCUAAACCCGUCGAGCAAAAACCGAAAGAAACCAAACCCAAGAAAGAGAAAAAACCGAAAGAAGCCCCCCCAGCCGAGCUUCCGGUGGACAUCGGCCGCCUGGAUCUGCGCAUCGCGAAAAUCGAAGACGUGCAAAGACACCCCGACGCCGAUACUUUGUAUUUGCUCAAAAUCAACUGCGGCGAAGACAAACCGCGGACUGUGUGUUCGGGGUUGGUGAAACAUGUCCCCAUUGAGGAGCUGCGGGAUCGCGUGGUUAUGCUUUUGUGUAAUCUGAAACCCGUGAAGAUGCGCGGGAUUACUUCGGAAGCUAUGGUGAUGUGUGCGAGCAGCGAAAAGGGGGUGGAGGUUUUGGUUCCGCCAGAGGGGUGUUCGCCGGGUGAGGCUGUCCACUGUGAGGGGUACACAAGGCAGCCGGAUCCGGUAAUGAAUCCGAAAAAGAAGAUUUUCGAGACGGUGGCGCCCGAUUUACACACAGAUGGGGCUUUGAGGGCUUGUUAUAAAGGGGUGCCGUUGAUGGUUCCCGAGAAAGGAGCUGUGGUGGCGAAGACGCUCGCCAAUGUACCAGUUAAGUAAUUAAAAUUUUGAAUAAACGUUUGUAAGAUUAAAAA